AUGGGACUCUCGGAACGGAAAGUAAAGCAGCGGAUCGGGCUUGACCCUCGGAACCUCAAUUGGUCCGAGAACAAGGACCGCUUCUCGUACAAGCACAUGAAGGCGCUCGGAUGGGAAGACAAUACUGGUCUGGGCUCCUCCAUGGUCGGCAAUGCCAACAAUAUCGCUGUAGCGAGAAAGGACGACAAUGGCGGUAUCGGUAUGGCUAGAGCGAGGAAGGAAGGGGGCGAUAUGGCUGCUGGUGCUGGGCAGGCCGGAGCAGGGUUGGAAGAUGUGUUGAGGCGAUUGGCAGGAGGCGCCAGCCCUUCCCCUGCGCCUGCUUCACCCAAGGUAGAGGAGGAGAGACCAAAGGUGAUCCGGAACAAGAUGGCUUCACGACAACGACACCUCAUGGCCAAGAAGGCUGCUUCUCAAUCACCACAAGCCCUCGCCGAAAUCCUCGGUAUCCCCGUCUCUGCCCUUCCUGCCUCUGCCCUUGCCUCCCCUUCCACCUCUGCCUCUUCCACCCCCAAGCCCGAGCCCGAGGCCAAGGUCGAGCUGGAUGACGGCAAGACGGACGAGAUGGUAACGACCUCCACUCUCUCUGUAUCCGACUACUUUCGUCAAAAGAUGAGAGAAAAGAUGGCCGCUCGUCAAGCUGCUUCGGGUGCCUCUGCGCCUGCCGAGCUCCCGGUGCACUCGCUCGAGUCACUCGCUUCUCUCCCAGAGCCCAAGGCCGUCGGCGGGACCGCGUGGGGAGGGCAAAAGAUGCAGUUUGAAGAGGUGAAAGAAGAGUUCAACCCCUCUGAAGCCACUGCCGAGAUACCGAGAGAGGACGCGGAGAAUGAGAGAAAGAGACAACGAAAGGAGGAGAAGCGGUUAGAAAAGUUGAGGAAGGAAGCUGUGGAGAGGGAUGAUGCGGCGGGGAGAAAAGGCAAGAAGGUCAAGCAAGAAGUCAAGGAAGAGGUAGUGGUGAAGCAAGAGUUGGAGAAUGAUCCCCUUCACCAAGCCCACGAACAGCUGGAAAAGUUUGAGCACGCGGGCGAGGACGUCAAACCGGUGAUCAAGGAAGAUAAGGAGGAGAAGCAGAAGAGGAAGGAGCAGAAGAGGAGAGAAAAGGAGGAGAAGAAAAGAGAAAAGGAGGGCAAGAAACGAAAGCGAGAAGAUGGCGAGGAGAAGAAGAGCAAGAAGGGCAGGGAGUGA